CACCCCCACAUCAAUUGUCAUCACGUACAUGGAAGUUGCCUCCGUCCGUGUGGUCACUGCAAAACAUCGCUUCGACUGGGUUGAGCAACUUGGAUUACAUGGCGGAAAUUGGGGAUUAACGAGUGGCCUGGGACUCUUGGACUUGGGGAGACUAAUUUUCUCUGCUAUUUAUGUCCUCGUCAUCACUGGCCUCCUUUCCUACGUGGCGAAAUGUUGUUGGUGUUGGUCACGACCAGAAGAGGAGAGUCAUUCCAAAAUGAACGAGUUGUACAUGACAGCGAUGGCACUCCCGAUGGGUCUCGCCAUUCCUGAAGCCGCUCGAAUGGACCAACUAUCCAAGUUCCCGAAAAUGCCACAAAUUGUCAAGGAUUACAUGGAAGACUUUGCAAAAUCAAAGCAACCGGAAGAGGGAGAAAGUGAUGCUGAUCAUGAAAAUGAAGUCAUCACACAGCAACCAACUUCAUCCUCUCCCGAACGUCCAAGCACUGCCAAAAGUGAGUCAAAAUCACGGAAAUUAGUCCGGCCCAAAUCAGCAAGAGCUAUCGCAAAGUCAAAGUUUCCAUAUUGGACGGUAGGGAAUUUUUUGGAGUGGUUUCCCAUUCGAUAUGGCUUAAAAAUUAAGCAAAGUCUGGCAGAUGAUUUUGAUGAUGAUAAAACUGGGCAAUGCUGCUGCAAUUCUUGCUUUCCUUGUUGUCAUGCUAAAGAUGAGGUGAUUGUCCCCCUUGCUGAAGUUGGUACGGAGAACGAAGCCAUCGAAUUAGUAGAUCAACCAAUCGCUGGACCAAGCUGCAUUGCUGUCGCCCCCGCCGACGCCAGCAAUGCAGCCCCCGACCCGACGGAAGCUUCCCAAAGCGACCCUGAAGUUCUGGAGGAAGAUGAUUUUGAAGAGAUGUGGCGACAGCUUUAAACUUAUGCACGCUUAUUUUUUACUGCCCUCAGAUGAGUUAGUUGGCGACCGCUUUGUACACAUAUUUUGUACUCGUACAGUAUUGAUCUCACUUUGGCACAAUCGCUGAUCUCUACUAAUUUUAGGUGUUCAUUACCUUUAAAAGCCUCCAAAUUAUACACAAUUAAAAUAGAUACUUGGUGUAUGAAUCAUGCAAACCCAAACUUUCUCCCAAUUCACUAAAUCCACCAACAAAGAAAGGAAUUGCACUUAUGCACAAAAUUGCCAGCAAGAUUUUAAAAAUUAAUAUUCAAUUCAGUUCCAAAGCAUCCAAAAUAUUU